CCGAGUUUCUUAGUUAGUGAGUAAGUGGGUGUUAUACUGAACUCGUUAAAGUGUGUAGCACAGUGUCAUAUAGCAGAAGGCACAAGUGGAACGACCAAAAGGUCGUCUAGCUUCAUAUCCACAAACUAUACUAAAAGAAAGAGUUAAGCCUGAAGUAUUGGUCAUGGGAUGGCUUACAUUUUGGCCUGAUCUGCCAAGAAUACCCUUGAGUUGAGGGUUUCUUUUGAAUUUUUUGGGGGCAUUUUAGACUUUACGCAUGUGAUUUUGGGCUUGUUGGGUACAGUACUUUGAUCCAGUGCCACGGGAUACACAGGUGAGUGAUUUGGGACUUUCUGGAUACGGCACUUUGAUCCAGCGCAACAAGAUAUGGGAUUUUGGGCUUUUUGGGUAUGGUGCUGAAAAUAUCCUCACCUUCUUUCAUGUCACCGUUCCUUAUUCUCUCUACCCUCGGAAUAUGCCCCAAUCUCAGACAUAAUUUUGGGACUCUGUUGUCUGGAGAGAGAACUGAUGUAAUAGAAUCUAAUCAGGGUAUUUUCUUUCUUCUCACUCAUGCUUCGUCUUUCGUUGCACGCGCACCCUUCUUCCUGAGGCAUACUACAGGUCCACAUCUCUCCUCACCAGCAAAGUCGCAGUGCCAAAGAGCGGCAGCAUUCCCGGCGUUUGCUAGCUAUUUGGAUCCACCUCCAUUGGUCAGCGACUGUGCGGUGAAAAUCGCAGGAGACGGAGACGGCCCGGCAUCGUUCGACGUUGGGUUCACAAGAGCUCCAUGUUUUGGCCGUCAAUGACAGCCACUUGGACCGGAAGGUGAUUCAGGGUUUAUUGAAGAUAUCUUCGUACAGAGUUACGGCUGUAGUUGGUGUGGGUAGAGCUUUGCAGUAUCUCGGUUUGGAUGGAGAGAAGAGCACCAUUUGAUUUGAUGUAAGAUUUUUUUGCCCCAGAAAUUAGAACUAUUGAAUCUGUUUUGUUGCCAUGGAACAAACCUUAGCAUUCUUAUUGUGUUUUCAUAUUCUGAUCUGUUUUCUUGAGGGUUUUUGAGAGAGGAUUUUGGUGUAGUGGUUAUUAUAUGUUGUUUCUGAUGGAUUGUUGUGUUACGGGUGAAGGUGAGUUAUGUAAUGACGGAUUAUUCGAUGCCUGGGAUGAUAGGAUAUUAGCUGCUCAAGAAGACUAAGGUUAGUGAUGAUUUGUAUUUUUGCAAUUGUGCUUGCACUUUGAAAGUAUACAGAAUCUGUUUGGCUGCUGAGAAAACUGUUCAUGAAAAUAAAAUUUUCAAAGCACAGGUUAUUCCAGAAUAUUGUAGAUAACAACAGAAGUGGCAAGCUGAAAAUUUCUCUAUUAGGCUCAGUUGGGUAGGGCAUUUGGAUUUAUUUGUUUUCCUGAAUCGUUCAGACAACCUAUCAAUUCAUCUUGACGAUAAUCAGCACCGAGUUUGACAUGGCUGUCUAGAUUACGAUUUGUGAUAUGAAUUAUGCAAAGCAAUUGUAUUCACCAUACAAGAAAAAAAGGAUGAAAUGGA